AUGGCCAUCUUUGAGGAGCUCGGUAGUGAAAGGGACAAGGCGAACGUGAUGUGCCUGGAGGCAGACACCCACUUCACCAAUGGCAACGCCAACAAAGCCUUGGUCAUCAUUAACAAGGCCUUGGCGAUCUUCCAGGAAUACCGGGACUCUCGGGGAGAGUGGAUCGCGAUGAACAUCCUCGAGCAAAUCACUGGCCCGCCCGAGGAGCAACCCCUUCCGGGCACCGAUUGGACACCAGAGCAGUGGGCACAGUGGCAAGCAUGGCAGCAGUCCCAGCAACAGCAGCAGCAAGGGCAGCAAGGCAGCCAGAUGCCGCAGGCGCUGCAACGCCAGCAGCAGGAGCCGCGUGCGAGAAGGCGGACGGAUCCGGGCGCGAAGCUAGACAUCGCCAACGUCAGCACAGAUACCGUUCGAAAGCGUGUGGAGGAGAUUGUCAGGUUCACAGCCGAUUUAGACGACUCCGAACAAAUUGACCUCGACCAGCCGCUGAUGCAGGUGGGUGUCACCAGCCGCACAGCGGUGGGCUUGCGGAAUAUGCUCAGCGAGGAGGAGCUUUGUCUGUUCUGUCAGAUGCCUGGAGUGGACAUGCCUUUCACGCUCAUCUUCGAUUACCCGUCCGUGGCGGCCAUUGCCGCUGCCAUCUCAGAGUAA